AGGUUGAUACUUUAUGGGAAGCUCACCAGCAAAACUCUUCUGUACUCGAUAACUGUACUGAUGUGCCUCAACGUGAAGCUAAAAAAUCUGCUUCCAUCUCUUGUGAAGUGCUUUCAUGCGAAGCUGACGACUCUGCUUCUGGUUCUUAAUCUCUUACGUGCCUUCGUGAAGGAGACAACUCUGUUUCUACCUCUGUGAAGCUAAGCAAAUCAACUUCUUGACCUGCUUUUAAAAAAAAUAACUGUAAUCAGGAACACGGUCAUAUGCAGAUGUGAUCCGUAAAUCACGGACAUGUCUGCUAGAGCCGUGCUUUCCAAAGCCUUAAUAUUACUCUUAUGACUCUUGAGAGAACGUGCAGCUGCUAGAGCUGUGAUCCGUAAAUCACGGACACCUGUCAGGAGUGAUGAUAGAGCGUGCAGUGGAGAAAUUUGGAAGUUGAGUUGCAAAUUUCAUUCCCCCAAGUUUUAGCCUCCGCUGACUUUGCUCUUAGCUGCUGAAGUUGAACCAUAUCCUUCCUUGUCCCAUCCUAAUUCCAAUCCCAAGCGAGAAAAAAUGGCUGAUGCUCCUGUUAGUGCUACUAUUCAGGUUGCAUUGCAGGCGGUUGUUUCUCUUGCCGCUGAUCAUCGUGAAUUCCCAGAGGAGCUGGAGAGACUCGACAAAUCUGCUGCAAUGAUCCGAGGCUUCUUGGCCGGUGCCGACAAGGACAUGCGUAGACCAGGGGUGCAAAAUUGGGUCGAGCAGCUGGAAGAUGAGGUUUUCAAAGCUGACAAUGUGCUGGACGAGCUCAACUAUGAAAAUCUUCGUCGGAAGGUGAAGUAUCAAAAUCAACUCACGAAAAUGAAGGUAUUCUUCUGCUUUUCAUUCUUUAAUAAAAUUGGUUUUCGUUGGAGGUUGGGUUCAAUGAUCAGGGGGGUCAACGCGAACCUUGAAAGGAUCCAUCGGGAUGCAGAAGGUUUGGGACUGGCCUACAAGCGGCCGGAAGCAUUCGCUACUAUUGUUACUGGAGCCACAACAAGCAGACAGACUGACUCGAAGAUUGUUCGAAGUGAUGUCCUAGGAAGAGACGAGGAUGAAUCAAAAAUAGUUAAGAAGUUGUUGACCGAAUCUGAAAGUGUCAGUAUUUCAGUUGUUUCCAUAACUGGCAAGCCAGGAUUAGGAAAAACAACUCUAGCUAAAGCCGUUUACAACAAUUCACAGUUUGAUAAUCAUUUUGACAAAAAAAUUUGGGUUUGUGUGGCUAAAGAAGUUGAAAUCAUGGAGCUCUUCAAAAUGAUUCUAGAAUCAUCAACAAGAAAAAAGGCUGAAGUGGAUGGUAGGGAGGUAAUAGUUGAAGGAAUUGAAACUGAACUUAAGGAAAAAAGAUAUUUGCUUGUUCUUGACGAUUUGUGGAAUCAUCAAGAAGGAUUGUUGAAUGACUUUUUCACCACUUUGGAGGCACUCAAACCGAAGAAAGGGAGCUGCUGUCUUGUUACUUCUCGUCUCCAACAAGUGCCAAUUGUUCUGGGAAAAAGUGCCAAAAGAAUUGGAAGACAUGAGGAGCAAGUUGUAAGAAGAUGUGACGGUCUGCCUCUGGCAGCAACGUUAAUCGGAGGUUUGUUAUCUAAAAAGAGAAAAGAGGAUUGGCUAUCUAUUUUGGAGGAGAGUCUCUUGAAUGGAGAUCAGGGUGGGAUCAAGCAAAUAAUUAAGGUGAGUUUUGAUCAUCUCUCACCUGCACCGGUUAAGAAAUGUUUUGCAUAUUGCUCAAUUUUUCAUCAAGAUACUGAAUUGGAACAAGAUCUACUAGUUGAGCUUUGGAUGGCUGAAGGCUUUCUUCAACCGGAUCCCCAAAAUGAAAGAAUGAUGGAGGGAAUAGGAUAUGAGUAUCUGAGAACUUUGCUGCAAACUUCCUUAUUGGAAGAAGUAAAAGAGGAGAGGAGAACAUGGUAUAAAAUGCAUGAUCUUGUGCACGAUUUUGCAAAAUCAAUUUUGAAUCAUAACAGCAGCAAUCAGGACCGUUACCUUGCGGUAUACUCACCCGAAAGAAUCAAUGAAAAAGCAUCAGCAUCGCUUCGCACAUUAUUUCUGGAGGGUGGCAUAGCUGAUGAUAUGGUAUCAAAGUUCAAAUACUUGCAUGUCCUAAAAUUGUUUGGAGCAGAUGUCGAAGAGUUGCCGACCUCCAUUGGCAAACUAAUACAUUUACACUUACUCGACAUUUCAGAGUCUAGUAUCAGAACUUUGCCAGAAUCUCUUUGCAAACUUUACUGUUUGCAAACACUGAGAAUUGGCAUGCUUGUAGACGGUUUUCCAAAGGAGAUGAGCAAUUUGAUUAGCAUGAGACAUCUUCACUAUGAUGAUGAUGAUACAGGACGCGAAAUCCAAAUGCCAUCCGGGAUUGGACGAUGGACUUGUCUUCAAACGUUAGAAUUCUUUAACAUUGGUCGUCAAGAGGAAGGUCGUGGCAUCCAGGAGCUUGGGACCUUGAAAGAUCUUACAGGCUCCUUGGAGAUCAGAAAUCUUGAAUUAGUAAAUGGCAAAGAUGAUGCUGAACUGGCGAACCUAUCUAAAAAGCCAAAUCUGUAUCGGUUGGUAUUUGAGUGGGGCAAUAGGGAUCGAGAAAGUGAUAAUUGUGAUGAAGAUGUGUUGGAAGGCCUCCAACCUCACCCAAAUUUAAAAGAGUUGCAUAUCCGGUAUUUUAAGGGUGAUCAGUUUCCACAAUGGUUCAUGAAUUUGACAUCACUGGUGGAGUUGCGUGUGGCGAAUUGCACAAGAUGCAGAGAACUCCCCACCCUAGGACAGCUGUCAUCCCUCCAACAUCUAUAUCUGACUGGAUUGGAAAACAUAAGAAGCAUUGGGCUUUCAUUCUACAGUACAAGUGCUGAGGAGGACUGCGGAUCAGGAGGUUCAAUCACUAUUAGCAGACAAACAUUCUUUCCAGCCCUUAAAAUUCUCUCUCUCGAAAGAAUGGAAUAUUUGGAAGAGUGGAAGGACGCACCCGAGAUGAUGUCAACCGCAGGUGAAGUACAUGUGAUAGAUGUGUUUCCCGUGCUUGAAAAGUUGUCUAUUUGGCGUUGCUCCCAGCUGAUCACCAUUCCAACUCCAAGUCGUUUCCCAAGUCUUGAUGUAUUGAAAAUCAAAGAGAAUUGCCAUGUUUUGCUGGCAGAAAAUGUUUUGAGCAAUAUAGCCAAUCUCUCGUCCCUUGAAUUAAGUGGUGGUCGUAGUCAACCCAUAGAGUCUCUAAAAUUAGUGAGACGACCAGAGAGCAGCUUGAGUAUUGAUAGCUGUGACAGUCUACCCACUGACAUGCUUGAGCAACUCUGUCUUUUUCCAACUCUUCAGAGUGUAGAAUUGAGGCAUGCCGAUAAUAUAACAACAUUAAGAGGAAUGAGUUGCGCCGCUUGUCUUAAGAGAUUGGUAGUCUAUCAUUGUCAGAAUUUACGGGAGUUGCCAGAAGAUCUUUAUCAAUUUCAAGCUUUAGAGCACUUGGAGAUACGGGGUUGCCCGAGAAUUAAUUCAUUUGGAUAUCCAAAUAUUGGACAGAAAGGCCUCCUUAAGUCUCUUGAGGAAUUUACUGUCGAUGGGUGCCAUGAAUUAACAAGAUUACCAGUGGAGAUGUUCGAGUCGUGUACGUCUCUCCGAGAGCUGAAGUUGUCCUAUUGCCGCAGUCUGAUUACUCAGUAA